CAUGGGUAACCACGGUUGAUUUAGAACGUCAAUGCGACAGUUUUCCAAUCUUGAUAUGCACAUUUUUGCUACGGAUAGUCUGACAAUUUAGACUGAAGUAGAAAUGGAUAACCUCAACUCAUUGACAGGGGCUCAACGAGAUGAGUUGAUGGAUCAAGUAAAGCAGCAAAUAGCUGUUGCAAACGCCCAAGAAUUACUGACGAAAAUGACUGAAAAAUGUUUUAAGAAAUGUGUAAAUAAACCAGGAACGUCGUUAGAUAGCUCAGAACAGAAAUGUGUAGCAAUGUGUAUGGACAGGUAUAUGGAUUCCUGGAACAUGAUAUCCAAGGCGUAUGGCUUAAGAAUCCAGAGAGAAAGGGGUCGUAUGUAGUAAUAAAGUGUUCAAAAAAUAGCAUUUCUUGUAUAGACUUUUUUUAAUUCUUGAUCAGACAGGUUCUAUUUUUGUCUGCUCUAGUACAAUUAUAUUUGUUGAAUAAAUAUGUUUUUUCAUAACAUA